GAUUGUGAAUCUUGACUGGACGGAGCUUACGAACUUGGAAAAAAAAAUUGGUGUGUGUUUGGGAAAGUCGAGAUAAAAAACACUGUCAUCACUGAACUGAAAGAAACAAACACCAUCACCAUGCAAAGCUCAAUUUUUGUUAACAAAGUUCCAACCUUUGCAUUUGUCACUGUCUGAAACCAAGUUGUCUUUGUGUUGGAAAUCACUGUCUCCACUUUAACAACAAUAGAUGCCAAUUACCAUCUUCAAAAAAAUUCAAUUUUUAUUUGAGUUUCUCUCUCUUUCUUCACUUCAAUAUGCUUUAGAGAGAGAGAGAGAGAGAAUUUUUUGAAGUGAAGGAGUUGAGUUGAGUUAGAAGCAGAGGAGGGUCCUACUGCUUAUAUUUUUGUGGGCAACAACAGUCUCUAUCAAUGAUUUUGGUGUGGUGGUGGUGACUCUAUGAUCAAAUGACCCACCCAAUCAAUUCAAUACUUUCUUAUUCUUCAUCAACAUUUUUAUCAAAUUAACCAAAACCUCAUCUUCUUCUUCUUCUUCUAAACCUUUCUUUCUUUUGUGUCUUUUUCAUUGCUACUAAGAAGAAGACUUGUUUAAUUCAAAAGGCAAAUAACGGAUCUCAUUCAUAUGAGGAGAGCUUUCACACUUGUGGAUGUGUUUCUGGUACUUGCAUUGUUCUGUUGUAGCUCAUGGAAAGUGUGGAGCAGCACACUUUGCAAAGAGACAAACUUGGACAAAGUUAGGCCUCACAGUGUCAGUAUUACCGAAUUCGGUGCUGUUGGAGAUGGAAUCACUGUCAACACAAAAGCAUUUCAGAACGCAAUCUUCUACCUAAAUUCUUUUUCGGAUAAAGGUGGAGCUAAGCUUUUUGUACCAGCCGGUCGGUGGUUAACUGGUAGUUUCGAUCUCAUUAGCCACCUAACUUUGUGGUUGGACAAGGAUGCAGUAAUUCUUGGAUCAACAAACUUUGAGGAUUGGCCGAUUGUUGAUCCUCUACCGUCUUAUGGACGAGGAAGGGAGUUGCCGGGUGGAAGGCAUAGGAGCCUAAUUUAUGGAUGCAAUUUGACCGAUGUUAUCAUAACAGGUAAUGAGGGAAUCAUUGAUGGUCAAGGGAGUAUAUGGUGGAGCAAGUUUAGGAACAAAACAUUGGAUUAUACGCGUCCGCAUUUGGUAGAAUUGAUGAAUUCAACUGGGAUUCUCAUUUCAAAUUUAACCUUCUUGAAUUCUCCAUUUUGGACCAUUCAUCCUGUAUAUUGCAGCCAAGUUACGGUUCAGAAUGUCACGAUCCUCGCUCCUCUUGAUUCGCCAAACACAGAUGGGAUUGAUCCAGAUUCUUCCGAUGAUGUGUGUAUCGAAGACUGUUAUAUAAGCACCGGUGAUGAUCUAAUUGCCAUCAAAAGUGGCUGGGAUGAGUACGGAAUUGCAUUCGGUCGUCCCAGCACAAACAUUAUCAUCCACAGGCUUGUUGGGAAAACUCAUACAAGCGCAGGGAUUGCUAUUGGAAGUGAAAUGUCGGGGGGUGUAUCAAAUGUUCGUGCGGAAGAUAUUCGCUUUGACGAUUCAUAUACUGCAAUCAGAAUAAAGACUACACCUGGAAGAGGUGGUUAUGUUAAAAACAUCUAUGUCUCUAACAUGACAUUGGUUAAUGUCGAUAUUGCUAUUAGGUUCACUGGUUUAUAUGGUGAUCAUCCGGAUGAUGGUUACGACCCGAAUGCUCUACCUGUUAUUGAAAAGAUUACAAUCAAGGAUGUGAAAGGAGAAAAUAUAAAAAAAGCUGGUCUUAUAGAGGGUAUAGAAGGUGACAAUUUUGUUGACAUUUGCUUAUCAAACAUCAUCCUUAAUAAUGUGAGCUCAAACUAUCCAUGGAACUGCUCUAACGUUAGAGGAUACUCUGACUCGGUUUUGCCAGAAGCGUGCGAGCCACUCAAAGAGAGAAUAUUCCCCGACCAUUGUUCAGACUGUUACUAUCUGUCGAAUCCCCGAGAGAGUUCAAGUAAUCGAAAAAGAGGUGCUUGGUUUAUGUCUUGGUAAAAUUAUGGAGUUUACAGCAUUAUCCUACCAAAAGCUCACUCAUUGAUGAAAAUUCAAUUGGUUGUGUUUUUUAAGCAGGACAAAAUUUCACUUGACAUACGAAGUUGAGUGAGGUUGCUGCUGAUCUGUGAUUUGUUCAUCCAUAUCUCCAGAAAGGAAGAUACCGCGAGCGAAAGAUGAUUGUUUCUUGUAACGUGUGAAAUCAUCUGAGUGAUUUAUAUCAGAAAUAGGAAGUUGAAUUAUUUCAUGUCCUGCUUUUUCUAGCUACCUUUUGGCUUUGGAAAAGGAAAAAAAAAUGAAAAUUUUUGUGUCUAGUUUUUUUGGUUGUAAGGGAAAUAGUGUGUUUGUUUAUAGAGGUUGAGAUAUUUGGUUAUUCUGACACAAUUCCCUUUUGCUACAAUGUUAUGAGACAUUGAAGAUUUUUGCAGAAGUUGGAAGCAGUUGUUUGAAUAAGGAAUCCAAUAAACAAACUUCCUAGAAAGGUGGAAUCUAAUCAAUUACAUCUUUUUUUACACAUAAUAAAUAAUAAUGAGUUAUUGUUUGGUUGA